GCCCAAACUCACAAAAAGCUUAAUAACACAAUUAGGCGUUAACUAACGGGAAAUCCAGAUGAGUCUAGAAGGUUCUGUAGUUCCUUCUUCUCUGGCUCCUCAGCACUGAAGAAGACUAAAAAUUUGGCAUCUUAAGUUUUGGCCUCAGAAAUUCCUUGAUUAUCUUAACCGUUGAGGGUUUGAAUCUCAGAGAAGAUAAGGGUUCUAAGUCGGAUUGGCAAGAUGGGAAUUGAUUAUUACAAUAUUCUCAGUGUUUCCAAGAAUGCUACAGAUGAAGAUUUGAAAAAGGCGUACAGAAAAUUGGCCAUGAAAUGGCACCCUGAUAAGAACCCCAAUAAUAAGAAGGAAGCCGAAGCGAAAUUUAAACAGAUAUCAGAAGCUUAUGAUGUGCUGAGUGAUCCGCAGAAGAGGGCGAUCUAUGAUCAGUAUGGUGAGGAGGGAUUGAAGGGGCAGGUGCCGCCUCCUACCUCGGGAUUUGUUAACGGAGGAGGAGGAGGAGGGCCGAAUGUUUUUAGGUUCAAUCCCAGAAGUGCGGACGACAUAUUUGCGGAGUUUUUUGGUGGAAGUCCUUUUGGCAUGCCGGGCGGGGGUUUUGGAGGGUCCAGAGGUUCACGCUUUCCUGAUAGCAUAUUUGGAGGAUUUGGGCCUGGUGAAAGCGUUUUUGGGACUUCUUUUAACGAGGGCGCCCAGGCUGCUCCUCGUAAGGCUCCCCCUGUUGAGAAUAAGCUGCCCUGCACUCUCGAGGAGCUUUAUAAUGGUUCUACUAGGAAGAUGAAGAUCUCCAGAAAUAUUGCCGAUGCUAGUGGUAAAACUCUGCCCGUUGAGGAAAUUUUGACCAUUGAGGUUAAGCCUGGCUGGAAAAAAGGGACCAAAAUAACAUUUCCAGAGAAAGGAAAUGAGCAACCCAAUGUCCUUCCAGCAGACCUAGUCUUUGUCAUUGAUGAGAAGCCACAUGAUGUCUACAAGAGAGAUGGAAAUGAUUUAAUAAUGACCCAAAAAAUAACUCUCGCUGAAGCUCUUGCUGGGUACACUGUUAAUUUGGUUACUCUUGAUGGUAGGAAUCUGAGCAUUCCCAUCACAGAUGUCAUAAGUCCAGGAUAUGAAAAAGUCGUUCCAAGAGAGGGAAUGCCUAUAACAAAGGAUCAUGGAAAGAGAGGAAACCUGCGGAUCAAGUUUGAUAUCAAAUUUCCAUCAAGAUUGACUUCGGAGCAGAAAGCUGGCAUUAAGAGAAUUGUUGGGGGGUGAAUGACCUGAGUGAGGAAUGCGUGUCUUGUAAAAUGGGUAAUUGGUGGAUGAAGAUGAGUCUUCGCGAGUAGGUAGUACGCAAGGUCAAGAUUCUGCAUGUAGAAUCUUUAUUAAGCAUGGCGUGCUGGUCUAUACAUGUAAAUUUCAUAUAUAGGAAGUUUAGUAGUUUUAAAAUUUAUAUUAUUUCAUGAAGUUUUGGACUUUUGAUUUGGUCUGCUAUGGUGUUGAUAUUUUAGUCAUUUUAAUUGUUAGAAAUGAGUAAUGCUGUAACUAUUCCCUCCUAAAUUUUGUAACCAAGAAGCUUUCUAUUGUUUAUUGAAGUAUGAACAUAUUUUGUUCUA